AUGACGCUCUUUAUCCUUACGGAAACCAGCGCGGGCUAUGCCCUGCUCAAGGCCAAGGACAAGAAGCUGUUGAAGAGAGAUGAUCUGGCUACUGAGGCUUCCACCGCAGAGGGUGUUUCUAACCUUCUGAAGUUGAAGAGCUUCCAGAAGUUCGACAGCGCUGCUACCGCCCUGGAGGAGGUCGCUUCCCUCGUCGAAGGAAAGGUUACUCCUCGCCUGGCCAGCCUUUUGGACGAAGUCAAGGAUGAGAAGAAGGUCUCUCUGGCUGUCGCCGACCCCAAGCUCGGCAAUGCUAUUGGCAAGCUCCCUGGCCUCUCCAUCGAGCUGGUGGCCGACUCUUCCACGACCGACGUCUUCCGUGCCAUUCGUGAACACCUGCCCACUCUUAUUCCCGGUCUUCUUCCUCAGGACAUGUCCACCAUGUCCCUUGGUCUGUCGCACUCUCUCGCUAGACACAAGCUCAAGUUCUCCCCCGACAAGAUCGACACUAUGAUUGUGCAGGCCAUUGGUCUGCUUGACGACUUGGACAAGGAGCUCAACAACUACGCCAUGCGUGUGAAGGAAUGGUAUGGCUGGCACUUCCCUGAGCUGGCGAAGAUCUUGAACGACAACAUCGCCUACGCCAGACUCGUCCUCAAGAUGGGCAUGCGCACCAACUGGGAGUCUUCGGACCUCGCUGAGAUUCUCCCCGAGGAGAUUGAGGGUGCCGUCAAGGCUGCUGCGGACCGCUCCAUGGGUACCGAGAUCAGCCAGGAGGAUCUGGAACACAUUCAAGCUUUGGCCGAGCAGGUUGUUGGCUUCGCUGAAUACCGUCAACAACUGGCUGGCUACCUUACCGCCCGUAUGAACGCCAUCGCCCCCAACCUGACUGCCCUUGUCGGUGAUCUGGUCGGUGCUCGUCUUAUCGCCCACGCUGGUAGCUUGACCAACCUGUCCAAGAGCCCCGCCAGUACUCUCCAGAUCCUGGGUGCCGAGAAGGCCCUGUUCCGUGCUCUCAAGACCAAGCACGAUACCCCCAAGUACGGUCUGAUCUACCACGCUUCCCUGAUCGGCCAGGCCACCGGCAAGAACAAGGGUAAGAUGGCCAGAGUUCUCGCUGCCAAGGCUUCCCUUGGUCUGCGUGUGGAUGCCCUCGCUGAGUGGGACGAUGAUGCCACCGAGGAGGACAAGGCUGCUCUCGGUACGGAAGCUCGCUACAACCUCGAGCGCAAGCUGGCCGCCAUGGAGGGCAAGCCCCUCAAGCCUCGUGGUGUUGCCAUUGCCCCCAACGGCGCUCCUCAGGCCCAGAAGUUCGAAAUCAACGAAGCCCGCAAAUACAACGCCGAUGCUGAUGCUGUUACGGGUGACGAGCCCGCUUCCGCUAAGAAGAGCAAGAGCAAGAAGCUCGUAGAGGAGGUUCAGGACGAGGAGAUGGCCGAUGCCGCCGACUCCGACGAGGAGUCUGACUCGUCCGACGAGGAGACCGACAAGAAGUCCAAGAAGAGCAAGGACUCUGAGCUCGAGAAGUUGGCCGAGAAGGCCGGUCUGAGCCUCAAGCGGUACAAGCGCAAGCUUGAGCGUGGAGAAAUCCAGUUCGACGCUGAGGGCAACCCCAGCGCAGUCAGCAAGAAGGACAUCAAGAAGGCCAAGAAGGAGGCUAAGAAGUCGGCCAAGGGUGAGGAGAAGAAGCGCAAGCGGACAGACGACGGCGAAGUCGACAACUCCGAGAAGAAAAAGAAGAAGAAGAAGAAGGGCGAGGAGUAA